AUGAUGAGAAGAAUUUACCAGCAGUGGACAUUUUUGUAUGCACGGCUGAUCCAAAACUGGAACCUCCAUGCAUGGUGAUGAACACAGUGUUAUCAGCAAUGGCAUACAACUAUCCUGCAAAUAAAUUGAACGUGUAUCUCUCUGACGAUGGAGGCUCUGAGCUAACAUUCUACGCUCUCUUAAAGGCCUCCACUUUUUCCAAACAUUGGUUACCCUUUUGUAGAAGAUUCAAUGUUGAGCCUAGGUCCCCGGAAGUCUUCUUUGCUCGUCCCCAAAAUUCAAGCACUAGCACUGAGUAUCAGAAAGCAUAUUUACAUAUCAAGAAAUUGUACGAGGAAAUGAAAAGUGAGAUUGAAUCAGCAGCAGUAAAGGGAGAGCUUCCAGAGAAUGUGAGAAAUGAGCACAGGGGAUUCUCAGAAUGGAACCCAAAAUCGACAAAGCAGGAUCACCAGUCUAUUGUGCAGAUUAUAGUGGAUGGAAGAGACAGAAAUAGUGUAGAUGAAGAUGGAUUUGAACUUCCAACAGUGGUAUACAUGGCACGAGAGAAACGACCCAACCAUCCUCAUCACUUCAAAGCUGGUGCUGUUAAUGCACUGAUAAGAGUAUCAUCCGAAAUAAGCAAUGCUCCUUUCAUCCUCAACUUGGACUGUGACAUGUACUCCAAUAAUGCAGAUACAAUUCAAGAAAUACUAUGUUUUUUCCUGGACGAAACAAAAGGACAAGAUAUAGCAUAUGUACAAUUUCCCCAAAGCUUCAGUAACAUCACCAAAAAUGACCAGUAUGGAAAUUCUUAUCUUGUAAACGCUAAGGUGAAGUUAGCUGGCAUAUGCGGAUAUGGAGCAGCCUUGUUCUGUGGAACAGGAUGCUUACAUAGAAGAGAAAGUCUUUCAGGAUCUCACUUGAAAGAUUACAAAGUAAAUUGGGAGAAGAAGCCUAAAAGAAACAAUAACAGAACAAUUGAUGAACUGAAUGAAGCAUCGAAGGCUCUUGCCACUUGCACCUAUGAAGAGGGCACCUUAUGGGGGAAGGAGAUGGGAUUAGUGUAUGGUAUUCCUGUAGAAGACGUUGCAACUGGCCUUGUAAUCUCGUGUAGGGGUUGGAAAUCUAUUUAUUACAACCCAGAAAAAAAGGCAUUUAUGGGCAUAGCUCCAACAACCUUGGAUGUAGCAUGUCUUCAGCAUAAGAGGUGGUCAGAAGGCAUGUUCCAAGUUUUCUUCUCCAAGUAUUGCCCUUUCAUUUAUGGGCAUGGAAAGAUACACUUGGGUGUUCAAAUGGGAUAUUGCAAUUACCUCUUGUGGGCUCCUAUGUCCCUGCCCACUCUUUGUUAUGUCAUUAUUCUUCCUAUCUCCUUGUUUCAUGGCAUUCCAUUGUUCCCAAAGCUUUCAAGCAUGUGGGUCAUUCCAUUUGCGUAUGCAUUUCUUGCUACCUAUGGCUAUAGCUUGUGUGAGUAUUUGACUUGUGAAUCCACCACAAAGGCAUGGUGGAAUUUGCAGAGAAUAAAGUUCAUCCACAGAGUCAGCUCUUAUCUCUUUGGUUUCAUCGAUACCAUGACAAAGCAACUAGGAUUGUCACAGACAAACUUUGUGAUCACAGAUAAAGUAGUAACUGAGGAUGUUCGAACCAGAUACGAGCAAGGAAUCAUUGAGUUUGGAGGCUCCUCAAUCAUGUUGACCAUCUUAGGAACAGUGGCUUUGCUGAACCUUUUUGGUCUGGUCGGAGGAAUCGUGAGAAUUCUAAUGGAAUUGGAAUUGAGCUGGAGCCAAUUGAUGAUGCAGAUUUCAGUGAGUUUCUUGGUGGUAAUGAUCAAUUUACCGGUAUAUGAAGCACUUUUCAUUCGUACUGAUAAAGGCUGCAUAUCAUCCUCGAUUAUGCUGAAGUCCAUUGUUGUGGCUUCUUUAGCAUGUUACCUUGGAGCUUUCAUUCGCUAGUGUAGCCAAGAGUCAAAGUGCAAUGUAAUAUGUUUUG